AGCGUUUCCAUCCACCCCAAAGUCGCUUCGCCAUAGGCCGGCAUGGGAUGUCAUUCUUGAGCCGCUUUCCCCGCUUUGGGAACUGACGCAGGGCUGAGGAGGCAAGGCAAGGCAGGAUAGCGGAGUCCAGGCUCCAGCCGCGCGAGCUACCGAAGAGCAGCGCCAAAGCUGCGAUGCUGCGGUUGCGCCAUCUGUCAGGAGCCUGGGGGGCGGCGGCGGCGGCGGCGGCGGCGAUGAUAGUGGAAGGAGGGGAGGAGACUGACUGAGGCAGCUUUUCCUAAAGACUUGCAUUUGGAAAAGAAAAGAAAGAAAAGGGAGGAAGCGGAGCCCUCCCGAACCCCAUCUUCUCCGGACAAGCACCGCCAAGGCUGCCCACGCGCCGAACAAAGCUGCGGCCGCCCUCUUCGCCUCCGCGCCCCUCGCUGCUGAGGCAGGGACUUUUGACGCCCACCCGUUUCCUCCCCUCCGCGGUCUUUUCGGUCCUUGUGUUAGUAAUAGCAAGCUCCGGAGCUGGCGGGAAGUGAGCGAGCGAAGGGACCUGGAGAGCAUUUCACGAGGGACUCCCGCCUCCGCCCUUAGGAUCCUGCAGAGAGGAGGAAAAACGAAGGGGAGGGGGCGUUGGUGAGAAGGGGGCUCUGCAGACCAAGUCCUGCUGCGUUUCAGACUCUGUCUUAAAGAAGGUGCUGAAAAAAUGUGGUGAACAAAAGCUCGCUGUAUUUUCAGGGGGAAGAACAUCUAGAGAUACCUGCCGUAAAUAUAUUCCAAAGAAAAAUUGUUUUGCUGUUAUGUAUGGUGUGGAGAUCUUGGGAUUGGGGAAAAUGAAUAAAUUGCAGAAAGGGAACCGAAGGUGGUUGGAAGAGCAACGUAAAAACAAAGGAGCAGUGGGUGGAAGCAGAACUCAUUCAAGGAUUUUAGAUAAUGGGCUGUGUGCAAUGUAAGGAUAAAGAAGCAACAAAACUGACCGACGAGAGGGAUGGUAGUUUAAACCAGAGUUCAGGUUAUCGCUAUGGAACAGAUCCUACCCCCCAGCAUUACCCAAGUUUUGGUGUGACUUCAAUUCCAAACUACAACAAUUUUCCCACAGCUGGAGGACAAGGAUUGACGGUCUUCGGUGGUGUUAAUUCUUCAUCACAUACUGGUACAUUGCGUACAAGAGGAGGAACAGGUGUAACUCUUUUUGUAGCUCUAUAUGAUUACGAAGCAAGAACAGAAGAUGAUUUAAGUUUUCAUAAAGGAGAAAAAUUCCAGAUACUUAACAAUUCGGAAGGAGAUUGGUGGGAAGCCCGAUCCCUGACUACUGGAGAAACUGGUUAUAUUCCCAGUAAUUAUGUGGCUCCAGUUGACUCCAUCCAAGCAGAAGAAUGGUACUUUGGGAAACUUGGACGAAAAGAUGCUGAGAGGCAGCUACUGUCCUUUGGAAAUCCACGAGGAACCUUCUUGAUUCGUGAAAGUGAAACCACCAAAGGUGCCUAUUCAUUGUCCAUUCGUGAUUGGGAUGAUAUGAAAGGUGAUCAUGUCAAACAUUAUAAAAUCCGUAAGCUUGACAGUGGAGGAUAUUAUAUUACAACCAGGGCACAGUUUGAAACUCUUCAACAACUUGUUCAGCAUUAUUCAGAGAGAGCUGCGGGUCUUUGCUGCCGCUUAGUAGUCCCUUGUCAUAAAGGAAUGCCAAGGCUUACUGACCUGUCUGUCAAAACCAAAGAUGUCUGGGAAAUUCCACGAGAAUCACUACAGUUGAUCAAGAGACUGGGAAAUGGGCAGUUUGGGGAAGUAUGGAUGGGUACUUGGAAUGGGAAUACUAAAGUGGCAAUAAAGACAUUGAAGCCUGGCACUAUGUCCCCAGAAUCAUUCCUGGAAGAAGCCCAGAUCAUGAAAAAGCUAAAGCAUGACAAACUGGUCCAACUUUAUGCUGUGGUGUCAGAAGAACCCAUCUACAUUGUCACAGAAUAUAUGGGUAAAGGAAGCUUGCUAGAUUUCCUAAAAGAUGGUGAAGGAAGAGCUCUGAAAUUGCCAAAUCUGGUAGACAUGGCAGCACAGGUUGCUGCAGGCAUGGCUUAUAUAGAACGAAUGAAUUACAUACACAGAGAUCUGCGUUCUGCAAACAUUCUGGUGGGGAAUGGUCUAAUAUGCAAAAUUGCUGACUUUGGAUUAGCAAGAUUAAUUGAAGACAAUGAAUACACAGCCAGACAAGGUGCAAAAUUUCCUAUCAAGUGGACAGCUCCGGAAGCUGCAUUAUAUGGAAGAUUUACAAUAAAAUCUGAUGUUUGGUCCUUUGGGAUAUUACUAACAGAAUUAGUAACAAAAGGGAGAGUUCCAUAUCCAGGUAUGAAUAAUCGUGAAGUCCUAGAACAAGUAGAAAGAGGAUACAGAAUGCCAUGUCCUCAGGAUUGCCCAAUCUCUCUACAUGAGCUCAUGAUCCAUUGCUGGAAAAAAGACCCAGAAGAACGCCCAACUUUUGAAUACUUACAGGGUUUCCUGGAAGAUUACUUUACGGCAACUGAACCACAGUACCAGCCAGGUGAUAACCUGUAAUGGGGGGGGGGGCUGUGCAGACCGGUUAUCAGGUGUUCCAUUUGCAAUUGACAUAGGUUGAAUGGUUCAAGGCUGUAAUCUUAGAGCACCAAAUAUAUUGAAGCCAGAAGAUGAGAACUUCUAGAACUGUGUGUCCUAAAAAUCUGAAUAUCUUCUCUGAACAGAAAAGUGAACACGUGGGGGUUUUUUUCUUAAUCAAAGACUUUGAAACUGCAUUGUUUUAAUGUUAUGUAAACUGCAAAAUCUUUGUUCACUGUAAAUAGUAAUUCAGUGCCAAUAAUUUAUCCUAGUGCUUUCCUUUUUUAAAAAAAAAAUGCAGAAUUAUGUGAUUUUAACUAGUUUUCUCCUGAUUCAACUAAAGUAUUAUUUUCCAGAAGUGGCCUCUUUUUGUCUACAUUUUUUCAUGUUCUAACACAAUAAAAUGAGGACCAGUGUUUGGGGGUUUUGUUUUGUUUCUUUUAUAUAUAGAAAUAUGUAAAAUAUAUACAUACCUGUAUAUAUAAUCCACAGGUGCUAUAGCUAAAGGAAAUUCAUUUCAGAAACGGAUUCCAUAAUGCUGAAGCACCCAGAAAGAUUUCCCUCGGGAUAUUGAACACUGGUGAUGAUUCCAAAACCAGUGAUUGGAUAUUUGGCUUUUGCCCAGCAUGACUUUUUAAAUUGGAUUGCACUGUUCGGUUUUACUAUAUACCCAUAGGUUGUUGUAAGUUUUGAUCUUUCAAAACUCAUGUACAACAUUUCAACAACAUUUGCCAAGUGUGUCAUUUGAUUUUGGGGUCAGAAUUAAAACAAACUUAACGAAAAGUCUGGACCGGAAGGUUGAAACUGCAAGUGCUUUUUGUGUAUCAAAAUAUGUAAACUGAAUUUUCUGAUUUUUAAAAAAAUAAUAAACAUUGUAACCCCAUGCAGUAGUCUCAACCUCAUAGCCUUUUAGUCAUAUUGAGAGGCUUUUUCAUUCAUCAAGCUCAGCUAGAAUAUCUUUUCUGUGUACCAUUUUCUAUCAUCAUAUAGGUGUUUUAAAUAUCCUGUACUGCUAAUGAAAUUACUUUCAAUAUGUCUGCAAGUGUUUCAGUAGAAUUACUAUGCACAUCUUUUCUGGGAAAUGAGAGCAGUGGGAUGCACAGAAGUAUUACUUCUUCAGUUGUCUCUAUUGACCUUGAAUUCUUUCCUUCCUUUUUUCUAGCCAAAAAGAAACAAAAAACCCAGUCCUUUCUACUUCUCUUUUAAGUUUUUUUUAAAAUAAUGCUAUGAUCUUAAUUACAUUUUGUUAUUGUUUUAUUUGCAAGUUUAUGGUUUUUAAAUGUUUAACUGUCUUAAUUUAGUAAUUAAAAAGACCAUUUUACAUUUGGA